CCCAACGGACCAAACCCGAACACAAUUACACUCUUCUAUGCUAUGCUCUUUAAUCCGUUUGCGCCGUAACAUUCCUUCUUCUACAACCUCACUCUUUCUCCACAUCGGUAACCGUUUCAAUUUCUCAUCCUCCGCCGCCGCUAUGGUGGUCGCUCACCCCAAAGACGAAUCCUACCUAGCCGCGACAAUCCCUAAGCGCGUCCAAAUCUUCGAGGCGCUUCAAGCUGAACAACAGACUCGACGUCUUUCACUCUCUCCCGAUCCGAUUAAGGUUACACUUCCCGACGGAAACGUGAAGGAAGGGAAGAAAUGGCAGACGACUCCGUUUGAUAUUGCGCGUGAGAUUUCGAAGAAUUUGGCGAACAAUGCUCUUAUUUCUAAGGUUAAUGGUGUUCUUUGGGAUAUGAAUCGGCCUCUUGAAGAGGAUUCAUCGCUGCAGUUGUUUAAGUUUGAUGAUGAUGAAGGGAGAGAUACUUUUUGGCAUUCUAGUGCUCAUAUUCUUGGACAGUCUCUUGAGACGGAGUAUGGAUGCAAGCUUUGCAUUGGACCCUGCACAACUAGAGGAGAGGGAUUCUAUUAUGAUGCAUUUUAUGGUGACUUGGGUUUGAAUGAUGAUCACUUUAAACAAAUUGAAGCUGUAGCGUUGAAAGCUGUUGCGGAAAAACAACCCUUUGAGCGCAUUGAAGUGACACGCGAUCAGGCACUUGAGAUAUUUUCUGAUAAUAAGUUUAAGGUCGAAAUUAUCAAUGAUCUGCCCGCUGAUAAGACUAUAACAGUGUACAGAUGUGGACCCCUCGUUGAUUUGUGUCGAGGACCUCAUAUUCCUAAUACAUCCUUUGUCAAAGCAAUUGCAUGUUUGAAGGCUUCGUCAGCAUAUUGGAGGGGGGACAAAGAUAGAGAAAGUUUACAAAGAGUUUAUGGUAUAUCUUAUCCUGACAAUAAGAGUUUAAAGGAAUAUUUGCUUAGGCUUGAAGAGGCUAAAAAGUAUGAUCAUAGGAUUGUAGGAGUGAAACAGGAGCUUAUUUAUCAUCAUGAGUGGAGCCCGGGAAGCUGGUUUUUUCUUCCACAUGGUGCUCGGAUCUACAACAAACUCAUGAACUUCAUUCGAGAUCAGUACAGAGACCGGGGCUAUCAAGAGGUUAUAUCACCCAAUGUCUUCAACAUGGACCUGUGGGUGCAAUCUGGUCAUGCGGCAAAUUAUAAAGAGGAUAUGUUUGUCUUGGAGAUCGACAAACAAGAGUUUGGUUUGAAGCCGAUGAAUUGCCCAGGGCACUGCUUGAUGUUUAAACACCGGGUUCGAUCAUAUAGAGAACUUCCUCUCCGUUUUGCUGAUUUUGGGGUUUUGCAUCGAAAUGAGGCCAGUGGUGCCCUGAGUGGAUUAACACGUGUUAGGAGAUUUCAGCAGGAUGAUGCACAUAUUUUCUGUCGUGAGUCCCAGAUAAAAGAUGAAGUCAGAAAUGCCUUGAACUUCAUCGAUCAUGUCUAUAAAAUAUUUGGUUUCUCAUAUGAACUGAAGCUUUCAACGAGACCAGAGAAAUACCUUGGAAAUAUUGAAACGUGGGAGAAGGCUGAAGCUUCUCUCAAGGAAGCUUUGGAUGAGUUUGGCAAGCCAUGGCAGUUGAAUGAAGGGGAUGGUGCAUUUUAUGGACCAAAGAUAGACAUCAGUGUAUCUGAUGCAUUGAGAAGGAAGUUCCAGUGUGCAACUCUACAGCUUGACUUCCAGCUUCCUGAUCGUUUUAAGUUGGAAUUCUCAGCUGAGGAUGAAGCCAAAAUUGAGAGACCUGUUAUGAUACAUAGAGCCAUUCUAGGAUCUGUUGAACGCAUGUUUGCCAUACUUUUAGAGCACUACAAGGGUAAAUGGCCCUUCUGGCUCAGUCCUCGGCAAGCAAUUCUCUGCCCUGUCUCGGAGAAAUCACAAGCGUAUGCACUGCAGGUACGAGAUCAGAUCCACCAAGCAGGAUAUCACGUAGAUGCUGAUACAACUGACAGGAAGAUUCAGAAGAAGGUAAGAGAAGCUCAGUUAGCACAAUACAACUACAUCUUGGUUGUUGGCGAAGAGGAAGCUAAGACAGGACAGGUGAGUGUACGAGUCAGGGAUAAGGCAGACCACAGCGUCAUGACUAUUGAGAACCUGCUCGAACACUUCAAAGACGAGGUUGACGCCUUCCACUGAUGAUUUGAUCGGAAAACUGUUGAGCAAGUUUAUAUCCCCAAUUUUUUUUUGCAGGUGUACACAUGUGUGUGCAUUAUUUACAUUUAAAAAAAAACCUGACAAUGUAGUCUAAUUUCCGACACGAUUUGGAAGUUUAAUGUAUUUUCAUUACUGUGCUGAUUGAUGUAAUGUGAGUCUUGGUUUAUACCUGGAAUGUACUCAUUAGCAUCCUUAUUUGAUACAUACUGAGACAACAUUUUUGAACACAUUUUUAUUGUUGAAAGGCAACUUAAACAAUCCUCUCCAGAGAAA